AUCGCUGCGUCGUGUAUCUUUGCGUUUCAGUUAAUUUUCACUUAGUUGUUCGCGUAUGUACGUGUUUCAGUGAUGAUUUUAGUAAUUUCGAGUGCGACAAAUUUAUAAUGAGACAGAUGUCAAGCAUAUAUGCACAAACAGGACAGUUUGGACAAGAGUUCGAGGAACCCUGCGGUGAGAGAAGCAGUUCAUGUAGAGAAAUCAAGAAUCAUGACGAAAGUGCGCCAAUACAGAUUUCUCCCGCUUCUCGUGCACAUCCUGCUCGGCGUGUGCCGUGGUAUUCAGCAGUUCGAAGAGACACCGCAGUACACCGAGGUGAAUCCUGGCCAAGACGCGAAGCUGAUCUGCCGCGUGCUUGGAAAGAGGGGACAGUGUAUCUGGCAAAAGGAUCAAAAACCGAUCGGCAUGCACUUGAAGAAAUACGAGUGGGUGGGGCGGCCAGACAUCGGCGAUUGUUCCCUCUGGGUCAGGUCCGCCGCAUUGGAGUUCGACGACGGCCUCUGGCAAUGUCAAGUGACAGCCAGCGAUUUCACCACGCAGGACGCGUUGGCAUCCGAGCCGGCGAGGCUGGUCGUCAGAGUCAGCCCUCAACGACCGCAGAUAGAGUACGCGGAUCGUCUAAUUCUACCAGGCAGCAACGUGACAGCCCGAGCAGGUGAGAUCGCUACGCUCACUUGCAGAGCGCGGUAUGGGAAUCCUUCGCCUCUAAUUAAAUGGUACGUGGGCGAGACGGAAGUGAGGACUCUCAGGCCGCAGGUAAACUCCACGGAGAUAGAUAACCCGCGAACCUGGGCCACUUACAGCGUAUGCGAGAUCAUGGCCGAGCGAUCGCGUUACGGGCAGCCGAUCCGAUGCGUCGCCAUUCAUCCUGCAUACGACAACCCGACCAUGUCGUCCAGCACGGAAGUCAGAUUCGACGUCAGAUACGCGCCGGAGACGAGGCUGGUCGGUGUGCCGACCGGUCAACUGGAAGAGGGUCGCGACCAGUUGGAGAUCCGAUGCCUGGCCGACGCGAAUCCACCGGCCUCGAUCCUCUGGAGGAGAACCAAGAGCCCGGGUGUGACCGAGGUGGCCAGCAUCGGCGAGACGUUGCUCUUCUCGCCGAUCUAUAGGAAUCACGCGGCCGUCUAUAUCUGCGAGGCGGCCAACACCGAGGGUGAAAGCAGCCCGGUCUCUGUUCAAGUGUCCGUCAACUAUCCGCCGACCAUCAGCUCGGUGGGCCCGGAUCGGCUGACCACGGCGUUACUCUUUUCCGGGGCGUCGUUCGAGUGCAACGCCGACGCGAUGCCACCGGCUGAAUACAGAUGGGCCCAGAUCUUCACCGAUGGCCGGAUGCCAUUGGAAUGCGGUACCGGGCAACGAUUGAUCCUGACGAACGUGACGUACGAGCAACAGGGUCAAUACAUAUGUCUCGCCUCGAACAAGAUCAAUGGGAACGUCAGGGAAGUCAAAAGCGAUCCUGUAUCUCUGCAAGUGGUCGGCGCGCCUAGGGUGGUGAAACCGACCAUCACGGAGAAGUUUGUCGUGGCAACGACCGAGGGGAGCCCAGCGAAAUUAGAGAUCAGACUGUGUUCCGACCCGAAACCCCGGCUCGUGGCUUGGGAAUGGGGCAGCACCAGACUCCACGCCGGUGAGGUUCUGGAGUCGCGGUAUCGGGCGUUGGAUUUGGAGCCGCUAGCGGUCGAGGAUUGUUAUAUAGCCGUGUUGGAACUGACUAGCACGGUGAAGGAGGAUCAGAGACUGUACCACGUAAUCGUGGAGAACGAUCGUGGAAGCGAUCGUCGGGCUCUGAUGCUGAGAGUGGACGAACCGGGCCAGAUUCCACUCGUUAUCGGCGCUGUCGCUGGGUUUACGGUGCUCUCGGUGCUGGUAAUGGGAUUCGUUUGUUUCCUACGCUCGGAUAGAUGCUGCGUGGCCAGAAAUACGGUGCCUGCGCUGCAGCAAGUGCAUUGCACGAAGGCUUCAAACACGAUGAUAGAGGAUCCUCGCUUAGCGGUGGAUACGAUGGAACGCAACAACCAGCAAUACGCGUCCGAGAAACGACCGAACCACGUUCUGAAACCUGUCCCGUCCCAACAGUAUCAGCAAGAGUGUUAUCAACACGAUCCACCGCACCAGCAGCAGCAUUAUCAGAGGCAUCAUCAUCAUCACCAUGGACAGCCUCACGGACCACAGUACACGCUCCAGGUCAGAUAAGUUGAUAGACAGAGAGACAAGAAACAAAAAAAAAAAAAGAGGAAAAAAAAGGAAAGAAAA